GGCACUCAUGUUCCCGGCCUUCUCAGGGUGGGGGUGGGGGUCUGUCCCCUGCCUUGCCCAUGUUUGGCAAGCCCGACCCUCCUUGUCGCGCACCAGCAGGUUUGCAGGCUGACACCCCCACCCCAAUCAUUUUCUCAAAGUCUUUUGGAUGAAAAGUCUCGGCUGCUUGCAAACCUGGUCUGGGCUUUUCCGACUUCGAGCAGAUAGCAAGGGGACCCUUAUGCAGCACCACGUGAAAUGAACAAAACUCCACAGCCGUCAGGAGGAACCCCAUCAGCCCCACACCCCUCCCCUUCUCCUGGACUUCCACAGCAAGCAGCAUUUCCUCCUGGCCAGACGGCACCUGUGGUUUUUAACCCAGCGCAAGCUACCCAAAUGAAUACGCCUUCCCAGCCUCGACAGUUUCCAGCAGGGCCCCGCGCUUUACACCAGCAGCAUUUCUACCAGAACAGGGCCCAGCCUCCGACCAGUGCUUCCCGAGUGCAGAGUAACACGUCGGCUCGGCCUGGCCCACCCACUCAUGUUUAUCCAGCUGCUUCCCAGGUGAUGAUGAUCCCCUCACAGAUCUCCUACCCUGCUUCGCAAGGCGCCUACUACAUCCCUGGACAGGGCCGAUCUACGUACGUUGUUCCCACUCAACAGUACCCUGUUCAGCCGGGCGCCCCCAGUUUUUACCCUGGAGCCAGCCCCACAGAAUUUGGCACCUAUGCUGGUGCAUAUUAUCCUGCCCAGGGCGUCCAGCAGUUCCCUGCUGCUCAAGUCAUGCUGAACCAGCAGCCGCCAAUCCCGCCAAAGCGAGAGCGCAAGACGAUCCGAAUACGAGAUCCAAAUCAGGGUGGCAAGGAUAUCACAGAGGAAAUAAUGUCCGGCGCCAGAACUUCCUCCACCCCCACUCCUCCACAGGCCGGAAGCGGUCCAGAGCCACAGGCCAAUGGAGAGACACCCCAUGUAGCAGUAAUUGUCCGGCCAGACGAUCGUCCCAAAGCUGGCCCAGUAGUAAGUAAACCUGUUUCCCCGGAGGCUAGUAAAUCGGCAUCCCCGUCUCCCCCACCGCCCCUCAUCGCAGAGGCAGAAACUGCGCUGCCGGCUGCCGUGACGCUGGUGCGCGCAGAAAGCCCAGUGACAGUGGACACUACAGAGGAGGAGGAGGAGGAGGAGGAGGAGUUGCUGGAGGUCCCCGCAGAUAUCCUCGAGCCCGUUAGCGCCACCACUACAGUGCCAGGGGGCCCCGUGCUGCCCCAGGAGGUCCCCGACUUCGACGCGGAGCCUCAGGAGGAGCUGGCUGCUCACCCCGUCCCGGAGCUUCCUCCCCAGUUGGUCCCAACAGAGGUGCCAAUGGAUGAAGAAGUGAUCUCGGCGGUGAUAGUGACUCCCCAACAAGAGGCUCCUCAGCCCGAGGAGCUUCCUGUGACUCUGCCGGAUGUUCCUCCCACACCCCCUCCUUCUCUCGAGGAGGUUUCCGAGGAGCCUGUGGAGGCAAAUGGAGUCUCGGAAGAGGAAGUGCCGGAGCCGGUGGAGGAAGCCCACGUAUGCCAGCCGGACUCCGUGGUGGAAUCCCCCAUUGUGCAGCCAGAGGAGCUACAGGUGCCCAAUGGGCUGCUGGGGGUCCCGGGAAAGCAGGAAGGCGAAGAGCCCAAAGAAGAGGCAGAGUCAGACAUCAGCCCCAUCUCCGAGCCAGAGGAGGUGAAAGCGGAGGAGCCGGUGGCCUCUCUGGUGGCCUCUCCGGUCACUCCGCCUCCCGAAGAGGAGGAGCCUGAGCAAGAGGAAGGGGAAUGUGAGGAGCCGGUUGAGACGCAAGAGCAGAGCACCCAGCCGGCAGCUGCGCCCUUGGAGAGCACCGAGGUGACCGUGCAAGUAGCAGUAUCCGUGCCAAAGAAGAAGCGAAAGAUGAAGGACCUGAACAAGAAGGAUAACCUGGGAGACUUGCUGGAUGCAUUUAAAGAGGCCACUGAAGGUGGCUCUGAGGCAGAGAACACACCCCCUGUGCCAGCUCCGGAGCCUGAGGAGCCUGCCCCUGCCCCUGCCCGCUCCCCAGAGGAAGCAGAAGAGACGUGGGAAGAGAAGGAAGACAAGCUGGACCCUGAGAAGGUCAAGCAGGCAGAUCAGAAGUACCGUUACAAGGAAGAGCAAUGGAAGCCCUUGAACCCGGAAGAGAAGAAGAGAUACGACCGGGAGUUCCUGCUGGGAUUCCAGUUCAUCUUUGCUAGCAUGCAGAAGCCAGAGGGCUUGCCCCAUAUCAGCGACGUGGUGCUCGAAAAGGCAAACAAAAUGCCCCUGCGAUCCCUGGACACGGUGCGCCUGAGCAACAUGAACUGUGGGCCUGACUUCACGCCCUCCUUCGCCAAUCUGGGCCGGCCAACCCCACCCAACCGUGGUCCGCCAGCGGGGCCAGGGCAGCGCCGUUCCCAGCAGAUGUCGCGGAAGGAGCUACAAAUGCCGCGGAAGAUUAUCGCUGCAGUAUCCCUGAAUGAAGAUGUCAAGCUCAACAAGGCCGAGAAGGCCUGGAAGCCCAGCAGCAAGCGAGCAACGGAGGCGGAAGAUCCCGAAAACAUUAAGACACAGGAGCUGUUCCGGCGCGUGCGCAGCAUUCUGAACAAGCUGACGCCGCAGAUGUUCCAGCAGCUGAUGAAGCAGGUAACAGAACUGUCCAUCGAUACAGAGGAGCGCCUCAAGGGCGUCAUCGACCUCAUCUUCGAGAAGGCCAUCUCCGAGCCAAACUUCUCCGUUGCCUAUGCCAACAUGUGCCGUUGCCUUAUGGGGCUGAAAGUCCCCACUACCGACAAACCAACUGUGAUGGUCAACUUCCGCAAAGUUCUCCUGAACCGGUGCCAGAAAGAAUUUGAGAAGGACAAGGACGAUGAUGAGAUUUUUGAGAAGAAGCAGAAGGAGAUGGACGAUACAGCUGGUCCGGAAGAGAGAGCUCGUCUGAAGGAGGAGCUGGACGAGGCCCGGGACAAGGCCCGGCGGCGUUCCCUGGGCAACAUCAAGUUCAUCGGAGAGCUGUUCAAGCUGAAGAUGCUGACGGAAGCCAUUAUGCACGACUGCGUGGUGAAGCUGCUCAAGAACCACGACGAGGAGUCGCUCGAGUGCUUGUGCCGGCUCCUCACCACCAUCGGCAAAGACCUGGACUUCGAAAAGGCUAAGCCUCGAAUGGAUCAGUACUUCAACCAGAUGGAGAAGAUCAUCAAGGAGAAGAAGACGUCCUCGCGCAUCCGCUUCAUGCUGCAGGACGUGAUCGACCUCAGGCGGAAUAGCUGGGUGCCCAGGAGAGGAGACCAGGGCCCCAAAACCAUAGACCAGAUCCACAAGGAAGCCGAGAUGGAGGAGCAUCGCGAGCAUAUCAAAGUGCAGCAGCUGAUGUCCAAGCAGGACAAGAGGAGGGGGCCCCCGGGCCCAUCAUCCGCAGGUGGGCGAUCGAACCUCAUCUCGGACGAUGGAUGGAACACCGUUCCUAUCAGUAAAGGCAACAGGCCAAUCGACACCAGUAGGCUAAGCAAGAUCACAAAGCCCGGUUCCAUUGACUCCAGCAAUCAGCUCUUUGCACCCGGAGGGAGGCUGAGCUGGGGGAAAGGCAGCAGCGGUGGAUCAGGUUCCAAGCCUGCCGAACCAACCUCCGAUUCCAACCGACCUGCCACAAGUACCUUGAAUCGCUUCUCAGCCUUACAGCAGUCGGCUCCUGCAGAGAGCCAGGAUGUCCGGCGUGUGGUACAAAGAAGCAGCACCAGUCGCGACCGUUCUGAGAAGGGCGGCGAGCGAGGAGACCGCUUGGAACGCGAGCGGACAGACAGAGGCGAACGCCUGGAGCGGUUGGAAAGGCCCGACCGGUCAGACAGGAACCGGACCCCGGUCACCAAGCGCAGCUUCAGCAAGGAGAUGGACGACAGGAGUCGGGAGCGAGAGCGGCAAGGGAUGCUGGAGACUGUGCGCAAGGUGUCGAGCAUGACAGAGGAGCGAGACCGGAGCAGGGAGUCUGCAAAACGUGAGCCAGUGGCUCCUGAGGUACCUUCCAAGCCUGCCUUGUCUGAGGAGGAGCUGGAGAAGAAAGCCAAGGCCAUCAUUGAGGAGUACCUCCACAUCAAUGACAUGAAGGAGGCGCUGCAGUGCGUGCAAGAACUGGGUUGCCCCUCCCAGCUCUAUAUCUUCGUGCGGAAUGGCAUCGAGUCCACGCUGGAGCGGAGCACCAUUGCCCGCGAGCACAUGGGGUUGCUGCUGUACCAGUUGGUCAAGGGAGGCAACCUCUCCAAGGAGCAAUACUACAAAGGGCUGCAUGAAAUCCUGGAGAUCGGAGAGGACAUGGAGAUUGAUAUUCCGCACAUAUGGCUGUACUUGGCAGAGAUCAUAACUCCCAUCCUGAGGGAAGGGGGCAUCGUCAUGGAGGAGCUUUUCAGGGAGAUUGCCAAGCCCUUGGUGCCCAUCGGCAAGGCCACCACUCUGUUGCUGGAGAUCCUGGGCCUCCUUUGCAAAGGGAUGAGCCACAAGAAGGCUGGGACGCUGUGGAGAGAAGGGGGCCUUAGCUGGAAGGAGUUCCUGCCGGAAGACCAAGAUAUCAACAAGUUUAUCACUGAGCAGAAAGUGGAGUACACAAUGGGAGACAGUUCAGACGCACCCAGCCGCAAGGAGCUGACCUCCGAAGAGCUGUGCAAGCAACUAGAGAAGCUAUUGAAAGAGAACGCAGAUAACCAAAGAAUAUACGACUGGAUCGAGGCAAACUUGAGUGAACAACAGGUCUCAUCCAACAUGUUUGUCAGGGCCCUGAUGACAUCCGUGUGCCAUUCAGCUGUCGUCUUUGAGAAUCCGUACCGGAUGGACACUCCCGUGAUCAAGAGCCGAGCCAAGAUGCUGAUGAAAUACGUGAGCGAUGAGCAUAAGGAGCUGCAGGCCCUCUACGCUUUACAGGCUCUCGUGGUGAAGCUGGACCAGCCAGCAAAUCUCCUCCGCAUGUUUUUCGAUGCCUUGUACGACGAGGACGUGAUUAAAGAGGACACCUUCUACAAGUGGGAGUCGAGCAAAGACCCGGCUGAGCAGCAAGGAAAGGGUGUUGCAUUGAAGUCGGUCACAGCUUUCUACACUUGGCUGCGGGAAGCUGAGGACGAUUCCGACAACAACUGAGCGCCGGCACCAGGGGGGGCCCCGGCUGAGCCCGCUUGGCUGCUCUUGACCCCCUUCCCCGGAGCCUUGGACUCCCUCAGUGGGGCAGUGUGGAGGGAAAGGGCAAGCAGGUCCUGAGCAUUGCUGUCCUCCUCCACCUGCUCCCAUUAGGACUUCUUCUCCUUCCUUUUUUUUUGUUGGGUUUUUUUUUGUUUUGUUUUAAAGGCCUGUAUUGGUUUGUGUCUGACGAUAAUAAAUUGAUGCUGAAGGAGGUAGGUGUUGCUGUGGGCGCUCCGCUCAGCCCCCCCCCCUUCCCGGCAAUGCCCCGGGCACCUGGAUGAUUUUAAGGAGCGGGGCCCCGAAUUUUGCGGUUGCAAAGCACCCGAAACACAUGUCUCCGGAAGAGGGUAGGGGGAGGCUGAAGCCGCUAACCCCUCCCCCCUGCCCUUCCCAGUUAUUGCUGAAAUAUAGAGAGAGUAUAUAAAUAUAUAUAUAUAAAAUAUAAAUAUAGACUUAUUAAAUCUUUUGAGGUUCGAGAGGAUAGGACUCUAGUGUCCACAAACUGUUGUCCUCCUUAUUCCCUCACCCCCAUGCCUGCAUCCUCGGAUCACCGCCUGGAAUUACACAAACCUCUUGAUGGAUUUUUUUUUAUUUUUUAACGGAAAAAAAUCAUUUCAAACACCCACAUUGCUUGGGAGCUGUUCAAGUGUCACCGGUGGGGGUGGGUAACACGCUGCCUGGACCUCCCUCCCUCCCGAGUAGACCCCUACACCAGUGCUCCGUUGGCUCCUCGGCCCAAUCCUGUCCCGCCACCCACCUCUUCCUUUCCACAGGCCACGGUGGCGCGAUCCACUUCGCGCUGGAUGGUUAAAAGAGCUGCGCUUGUAAUUAAAAGGAAAAACAACAACAACAACGGAAUGAGGAUUCAAUUACCGGUCACGUGAAUUUGUAAAUAUUUUUUUGCUUUUUUUUUCUUUAUGGAGUAUUUAAUUGAAGAUUUAAAGGCAUCUUUUCACCGUAAACUGGAAAUAAAAAAAAAAGAACAUUGCUAAAUCAA